AUGCAGAACGAUAUUCUCGCCUUUGCGUCCCGGACCCUCGUCACCGAUGGCCGUCUCUGCAUGUGGAUGCCCACCUCCAUCGACGAGGAUGUGGAGCUGCUCAUUCCCAUGCAUCCACACUUGGAGGUUGUCAGCGUUUCCGUGCAGCCGUUCAAUCAAUGGUCCCGCCGAUUGAUCACCUACCGAAGACUACCCGAAGGACAGGUCUCCGACAUUUCAAAGGCACGACAGAAGGGUGACUCGGAAGGAAUCAGCGCCGAUGAUCUGAAUGCGUUCCGGAGAAAGUACUUCACGAAAAACCCUAACAAAAGAUCCGAGAAAGGAAGCCCAGCACCGCAACAAAGCUGA